AUGUAUGAUCUCCUGAUUAAGAAUGCGACUGUUGUUGACGGUACUAAUCAAGCAGAAUUCCGCGCAGAUGUUGCGGUCAGCAGCGGCAAAAUUGUGGCUGUCGAUAAGGACUGCAAAUUAGCGGGUGCGACCAGGACGGUAGACGCCAGCGGCUUACUCCUGACACCUGGGUUCGUAGAUAUUCACACCCACUACGACGGUCAGGUCUGCUGGGACAAGCAGGUCACACCCAGUUCAUGGCAUGGCGUGACCACUGUAGUGAUGGGCAACUGUGGUGUGGGUUUUGCGCCGGUACACCCGGGCACUGAAGGAGAACUGGUCGCGCUGAUGGAAAGCGUUGAAGACAUUCCCGGCACUGCCCUGCACGAAGGCAUACCCUGGGGUUGGGAGUCUUUUGGCGAAUACCUGGACACCAUCGAUACACCCUACACUAUGGAUAUCGGCACCCAGGUACCUCAUGUGGCCAUUCGACAUUACGUGAUGGGAGAACGCUGUUACGACGAUGCUACAGCCAGUGACAUGGCUGAAAUGCGCGAUAUCACCCACCAGGCGCUCAAAGACGGCGCGCUGGGAUUUUCUACCUCAAGGUUUUAUGGACAUAUGGACAAACGUGGCCAGGUUGUGCCUGGAACCCACGCCUCUGCCGAAGAAAUGUGCACCAUCGGCGAGGCGUUUGCUGGACUCGACCAUGGCACGAUAGAGAUCAUUUCAGAUUACCUGGAAGAUGACGAAGAACUCUCCUGGAUCGAACACAUUGUGCGCAGUACCGGUCGCCCGAUUACCACUCUGGCCAGUGCAAACAAAGGUAAACUCUGGCAGCUUGCCGAACGACUUGAGGCAGAUGGUUUAACGCUACGCCCACAGAUUGGCGCACGCCCGGCUUCGAUUCUGAUGACCCUUGAGGGCACCAUCAACCCGAUGCGGCAACACACCGCUUAUCGCGAAAUCCAACACUUAGGUUUAAGUGAACGACAGGACGCCUUGCAGGAUCCCGGAUUUCGCCAGCGUGUGCUCACAGAAGCGCCUAUAUUGCCACGCAACAAAGACGCGCAACGUUUCAUGAAUGACUACCAGCGUAUUUUUGUGAUGGACGAAGCGUUGAGUUACGAGCCCGGUGCAGCCGACUCCGUCGCCGGGAUCGCUGCAGCUAAAAAUCUCAACCCUCUCGAGGUGAUCAUGGACACCAUGGCCGCAGGCAUUCCACUGCUGGUGUUCUUCACGGGCUACAAAGACGACCUUGAACCACAGCGCAGAAUCAUCGAAGAAAAACUAUCGGUGUUUGGCUUAUCCGAUGGCGGCGCGCAUUGUGGCGUACUUGUUGACGCCAGUGUACCCACUUACAUGCUGGCCUAUUUCACUCGGGACCGACAGCGCGGCCCAAAGAUGUCAUUACCUUUUGUUGUGCACAAAUUGACCCAGGAUACAGCCAGUCUUUACGGGCUUCACGAUCGCGGCGUCAUUGCGCCCGGGUACAAAGCCGACCUCAAUCUCAUCGAUUACAAAAAACUGAAAUUACACGCACCGGAAAUGGCAUACGACUUACCGGCCGGCGGCAAACGGCUGGUUCAAAAAGCAGACGGUUACCAUAUGACCGUCUGCAAUGGCGAGGUGACCUGCACUCUGGUGUGCCUGGCUGCAGCUGCACUGUUAGUACCCGCAACCAGCAUCGCCGACUCCGUCCCACCACCUGACAACACCCUUUCUGAAGCUGAGCGAAAUGCAGGCUGGCAAUUACUGUUUGACGGCCAAAGCCUUGAGCAGUGGCGUACUUACGGUGAGCAGACGACUAGAUCGGCAUGGCAGAUUCAAGACGGCGCAAUUGUCCUCACCCAACGGGGCGGCGGCGACCUGAUAACCCGUGAAGCCUUUGAAAACUUUGAACUUCAAUUGCAGUGGAAGAUUGCUGAAGGCGGCAACAGCGGUAUAUUUUUUAAUGCAGACGAGAGCGAACUACCUAUCUACGUGCACGCGGCAGAAAUUCAGAUCCUUGACGACGCCCGUCAUCCGGAUAAUAAAAAGGCAAACAGACGCUCAGGCUCUCUCUACGACCUGAUCGCAGCACCGCCGACCUCGCAAAAACCCGCUGGGGCCUGGAAUCACGUUGUCAUCUCACACCAGAACGGACACUUACAGACGUGGCAGAAUGGUGUCCAGACUGUAGAUAUCGACCUGCACAGCAAAGCAUUCAUGCAACUGGUUGCGGACAGUAAAUUUGCCGACUGGCCAGGAUUUGCUGAAAAUGCAAAUGGCUAUAUCGGCUUACAGGACCACGGCGACGUGGGUUUUGCAUACGAUGCCGUGGUGGUCGGCUCUGGUGCUGGUGGCGGCAUGGCAGCCUUUGUCCUCACUCAGGCCGGUCAUCGGGUACUGAUGCUGGAAGCGGGUCGCGACUACGACCCGAAAACUGAAACGCCGAUGUUUAACACCGCGGCCCAGGCGCCAUUACGUGGCACUGCUACGCCAGACAAACACUUUGGUUUCUACGAUGCUACCGUAGAUGGCGGUUGGGAAGUCCCCGGAGAACCCUAUACCACCGCGCCGGGCAGUGAAUUUCUCUGGUGGCGGGCGCGCAUGUUAGGUGGCCGAACAAAUCACUGGGGCCGUUUUUCGCUGCGAUUCAGCGAACAUGAUUUCAAAGCUUACAGUCGUGAUGGCCUGGGGGCAGAUUGGCCCAUCGAAUAUUCUGAUCUCGCGCCCUGGUACGACAAAGCUGAAACGCUGAUUGGCGUUUCAGGAGACAACCCCGGGCUCGAUGAUAUGCCUGAUUCGUCACCAGGGGUAUUACAGCCACCGCCACCGCCCCGGGUGCCGGAGUUACUGCUGUCAGCCGCAGCCAGGAAACUUGGCAUACCAACAGCGUAUAUGCAUCGCGCUGUGCUGACGAAACCGCUGGAUGAUCGACAGGCUUGUUUUUACGCAACCCCAUGCGGCCGUGGCUGCUCUAUCGGUGCGGCUUUCCAGACCACAACCUCUUUAUUACCGAUGGCGAUGGCAACCGGCCGUUUGAAAAUUGUUACCAACGCGAUGGUCAGCAAAGUAACAAGCGACCAGAACGGUAGAGCGCAGAGCGUCACCUAUGUGGACCGAAUAACGCAAAAAGCCAUCAACGUCCCGACAAGGGUAUUAAUACUGGCAGCCAGUGCCUGCGAAAGCGCACGCAUUCUGCUGAACUCCAGGGACGAUAGACAUCCUCACGGCCUGGCUAACAGCAGUGGUGAGCUGGGACGCAACCUUAUGGAUUCCACCGGCGCCAACUUUGCAGGUUACAUUCCCAGCCUGGAAAACCGACCGCGAUACAAUGAAGACGGUAAUACGUCCAACCACCUGUUCAUUCCCUGGUGGGGACACAAAGCACAGGCCCGCGGCGAGCUCGAUUUCGCACGAGGUUAUCAUUUCGAAUUGGGUGGCGGUUUUGGUGCACCGGGGAUGAGUAUCGGCAGGUUGGCUGAAGGGUAUGGAGCUGCUUUGAGAGCCGGCGUCCAGAAAGGUUAUGGUUCAAGCAUUGGUCUGGCGCUGAGAGGCGAAAUGCUCCCUAAUUCCAAUUGUUAUAUGGAAGUUGACAAACAGGUGGUCGACAAAUGGGGCAUUCCCGUACCCAAGUUCCACUGGCGCUGGUCAGAACAGGAAUUAAAUCAGAUCGCUCACGGCCAGAAAACAGCACAUCAGAUCAUCAAAAUCAUGGGCGGUCAGGUUUAUAACCCAGACCAAACUCCGGAAGAUGCGCUGAAAAAAGGCGGCGAGAUCAUCCAUGAAGUGGGCACCACGCGCAUGGGUUCAAACCGCCGGGAUUCAGUCACCAAUCAAUGGGGCCAGGCCUGGGAUAUGCCUAACCUGUUUGUCAUGGACGGCGGCGUCUUUGCUUCAAAUCCGCAUAAAAACUGUAUGAAGACCAUGAUCAGCCGCCGCGAGUCACUGCGACGGAUGAUGCUAUUGGCCGCUGGCUGGGGUAUGCCUUUCAGCUUCGCGGCGGCCAGCGACCUCAGCGCUGCGGACUGGGUAAGCGUUGAUCCAAAGCCUGUGAGUGCACCGGGCUAUGGUACGGACCCAAACUUACUGCAUCCGGCACCGGCGCCCUGGCCUAAAACCCUCACAGAUGAGCAGCUGACGCUGAUCUCCACCCUGGCGGAUAUCCUGAUACCCGCAGACGGCACUUCGCCGAGUGCGUCCAGCGCAGGUGUGGUCGAGGUUCUGGAUGAAUGGGUGAGCGCCCCUUAUCCAAGCCAACAGGCACACCGGGCCCAGAUUCUCUCUGGCCUGCAGUGGUGCAACGCCCAGGCACAACAUCUGUUUGGUGAACCGUUUACGGCACUUAAGCCUGACCAGCAGCUGAAUAUCAUUGAUGAGAUCGCAUACCCCAUCGCCGAUGACCCAGAGGAUGAGCAGUCACCGGUUCAAUUCUUCAGUCUGUUGCGCACCCUGGUUGCCGGUAUGUAUUACACCAGUCCAGCGGGCGUGCUGGAACUGGAUUAUCAGGGCAAUGUGCCGAUCAGCGGCAUAUCCGGUGGGUGGGCGGCUAAAGAGCUGACCGAGCGCGGGUUGAAUGUCCUGUUGUUGGAGCGCGGCAAAGACGUUGAACAUGUCAAAGACUACAUCAACGCCCGCAAAGGUCCCUGGGAAUACCCGCACCGUGGACAACGCACCUACGCCAUGGAAGAAGCUUACCCUGUCUUACGUCGCGACUAUCCGUUAAACGAGCGCAACCUGGACUGGUGGGCGUCCGACCAGGACUCACCCUAUACCGAGGUGAAACGGUUCGACUGGUAUCGCGGCUAUCAGGUUGGAGGCCGGUCACUCACCUGGGGGCGGCAGAGUUAUCGACUGGGAGACCUCGACUUUGAAGCCAACGCGCGCGAAGGUAUCGCGGUAGAUUGGCCUGUCCGCUACGACGAGUUGAAACCCUGGUACGACCACGUUGAACGUUUUGCCGGUAUUUCCGGUUCGAAAGAGCGGCUGCCACAACUGCCGGAUGGCGAGUUUCAGCCUGCAAUGCCUUUAAACUGUGGUGAACAACAGGCCGCAGAGCGUCUGCAAAGUGCCUUUGAUGGGCAACGUCAUAUCAUUCCCGGUCGGGUGGCCAACCUUACCCAACCCCUUCCAGGUCGAUCACCGUGCCAGUACCGGGCCGCCUGCUAUCUGGGCUGCCCAUACGGUGCCUAUUUCAGCAGCCAAUCAUCUACGCUGCCCGCUGCGAUGGCGACAGGCAGACUGAUUCUGCGGCCGUUUGCCAUCGUUACCGAACUGAACUACGACAAAGAUACACAGCGGGUUGUUGGCGUGCGCGUGCAGGACGCGGUCACUAACAAUACAACUGAGUACCAGUCGAAAAUUGUUUUCCUGUGUGCCUCCACCCUCAAUUCAACCUGGCUGUUAAUGCGCUCAGCAACAGACGUGUGGCCUGGCGGCUUAGGCAGCAGUUCGGGUGAGUUAGGCCACAACCUGAUGGACCACCAUUUUCGCCUGGGUGCGCGCGGACGCCUGGAAGGCCUGGACGACAAAUACUAUUUUGGGUCACGCCCAACCGGCUUCUACAUCCCACGCUACAGAAACAUCAACGGCGACAAACGUGACUAUUUGCGUGGCUUUGGAUACCAGGGUUCCGCCUCGCGGGGCGACUGGUCGCGAGCGGUCAGAGAAUUGGGCAUUGGCGCCAAAUUCAAAGACGCCCUCACGCAGCCCGGGCAGUGGAGCAUCGGUGCCACCGCGUUUGGCGAGAUGUUACCCGACCAUAAUAAUAAAAUUUCGAUAGACGAAACACGCACAGAUAAAUGGGGGCAACCGGUCCUCGCUAUCGAUUGCGAAAUUGGAGAAAACGAAAAACUCAUGCGCAUAGACAUGAUGAAUGACAUGGCGGAAACCCUGCAGGCGGCAGGCGCUGUAGAUGUUCAAACCUAUGACGCAGGUUAUGCCCCCGGCCAGGGUAUCCACGAGAUGGGUACAGCGCGUAUGGGGCGGGAUCCCACCACGUCUGUGUUAAACCGCUGGAACCAGGCGGUCACCUCAACAGCCUUCAGCGCUGAACAGAUCCAGUGGCUGGACGAGGUGGCUGAAACCAUUCUUCCGGAGACCGACACACCAGGCGCCAAGGCCGCGGAAGUCGGGGCGUUUAUCGCCAUCAUGGUGACCGAUACCUAUUCACCCGAGGAGCAGGCUUCAUGGACGCUACAGCAUCAGAACGUCAAACGUUGUUAG